AUGGCUUCCCGGAAUAACAGUAAGCCAAGCGAGUCGAUACAAGCUCCUGUGGUUUAUACGGGCUAUGGGUUGGUUAAUUGGAAAGAAUGGGCUAUGGUAAAGGAAGCUCCCUACACCAGACUCUGCUACAGAAAAAGGAUCUUGACUGUAAAUGGAGAAUUUCCAGGGCCAACUUUACACGUUCACAAGGGUGACACAAUCUUUGUCACAGUCCAUAACAGAGGCAGACAUAAUAUAUCCAUUCACUGGCAUGGAGUGAAACAACCUAGGAAUCCAUGGUCAGAUGGUCCUGAAUAUGUUACACAGUGCCCAAUACAACCAGGAGCAAAGUUCAAGCAGAAGGUAAUAUUUUCUGCAGAAGAAGGGACAUUAUGGUGGCAUGCUCAUAGUGAUUGGUCAAGAGCUACAGUGCAUGGGGCUAUCAUUGUCUAUCCAAAAUAUGGAACUAACUACCCAUUUCCAAGUCCUGAUGCUGAGGUGCCUGUCAUUUUAGGAGAAUGGUGGAAAAGAGAUGUGAUGGAGGUUUUUAUGGAAUUCCUCAUGACAGGAGGAGGCCCUCAAGUGUCUGAUGCUUUUACUAUUAAUGGUCAGCCUGGUGACUUGAACCCUUGCUCAAGAUCAGGAACAUUCAGGCUAACCGUGACUCAAGGCAAGACAUAUCUACUUCGGAUGAUAAAUGCUGCAAUGAAUGAUAUCCUCUUCGUUUCCAUUGCAAAGCAUAGCCUAACAGUAGUUGGAGCAGACGGUUCCUACACCAAGCCAUUGACGACCAAUUACAUAGCCAUAGGUCCAGGACAAACCAUCGAUGCUUUGUUAAAUGCAAACCAAGAUCCCAACCAUUACUACAUGGCUGCAAGCUCAUACACAAGCAACCCUAUGAUCCCUUUCGAUAACACAACCGCAACUGCUUUAGUCCAAUACAAAGGAACCCAUUCUCCAUCUUCAAAUCCUACGUUACCUCUUCUUCCAGACUCCAAUGACACAGAAGCUGCCUAUACUUUCUUUAACAGCCUCAGGAGUUUAGCCAGUAAAGACCAUCCUAUUCAAGUUCCCUUAGACAUUUCAGCAAACAUUUUAACUACAAUCUCACUCAACACAUUCCCAUGUCCCCGGAACAGUUCAUGCGAGGGACCAAAUGGAACCAGAUUAGCUGCAAGCAUGAAUGACAUAAGCUUUGUGAACCCACCAAUUGAUAUACUUGAAGCUUACUACUGGCGUAUCAACGGAGUGUUUGGAUACAAUUUUCCAAGUUAUCCACCACUGGUUUUUAACUCCACAGAGCCAAUUUUGCCAUUGGUGUUGCAAAUACCUAGAAAAGGCACGGAGGCAAAAGUAUUGGCUUAUGAUUCCUCGGUGGAAAUUGUUUUUCAAGGGACAAACAUUCUCGGAGGGAUAGAUCAUCCUAUGCAUGUUCAUGGCUAUAGCUUCUACGUCGUCGGGUGGGGAUUAGGGAAUUUUGACAGAGAAAAAGACCCUCAAAAGUAUAAUCUUGUCGAUCCUCCGUUUCGAAACACAGUUUGUGUGCCCAUUAACGGCUGGGUUGCCAUCAGAUUUAAGGCUUAUAAUCCUGGUAAUUAAUUAA